AUGUCCGGAAUCCUUUUUUCCAAUGAUUUCCCGACGUUUGCUCAGAACAUCUCAAAACACCCUUCAAAAACCGCUCACGACCGUCUCUCCACCAGACACCACCGGUCCGCUGACGCCGCGCCAGUGAUCGCAGGCCCGCUCCUGCCGACGCCCAGCCGGGCACCGGUGAACCUCCGGUGGCCCCGGCAGUCACGCGCGCCCACGCCGGGGCGUUUGCGAGACACGCAGGCAGAUGAAACCGGGCACCCCGUCACCUCCAUCCGCCUGCUGGAAGAUCAAGCCACCGCAGCAGUCGAGGACGAGACCGUACACUUUCCGGUCUUGUCUUUCGCCAAAGCUUCCCCGCAAGGUUGA